AUGUCUCUGGACGCCGAAACUGCCGAAAAGGCACUCAGAGCUCCUGCAUCGCUCCUUACCAUCAAACACAAGCCAUGGGAUGGCCACCAACCGAGGACGCUCAAGCGAGUGCCCCACAGCGAAGGUACGUCUGCUUGGACUUCAGACGUGGAAUAUAAUAGUAACCGUUUGUUGGCACAAGUGAACGCGACGCCGUUCAAGCUGCGGGCAAUGAACGUUGUAAGCGACGAGACCGGCGUGGCAGAUACUGCCGUCAAGAAAUACAUCCGGGCCGAGUUCACGAACAAGAUCUUCCGCGACUAUGACUUGGUCGACAUGAUACGUGCCGUCCUCAGAUUCUCGCCUGAAGAUCUCCCCGAUCAGCCAGUCUCCACGUCCAGGCGCGGAAGACCGCGGAAGUUCACCCUUCCGUACGCCGAUGUUCUGAAAUACUGUGAUACGACAGAGAAAGACAGCUACGCGCCAUUCUCCAGGAUCGUCCAGUCGCUGAUGGACCAAUUGUUCGGUAAAGGACACAAUGCCGUCGGCCACCAGGCGACGCCGACGCCGAGCGCGGCUAGGCGGAUAUAUCGAACGCGAAAUGCAAAUCGGAAUAGGGUCAAUGUACGGAGCAUGGAUGCAGCGAUGACGCCGAUGAAAGAACAGAUUGCGGAUGGAGACUAUGCACGACUGCGGCCCGACAUGGGAUGCAGUGCGAAGCAGGGGCGGCAAGGAUGGGAGUGGUUGCUUGCGUGCGGUGAAGUGAAGAAGCAGCGGUUCGACGCGCCGGACGAAGAGAGUUUGACGUUCACGGUGCAGGCGUUGAAACAGGCAGCAGCUCGAAAAGGAGUGGUGGGCCAAAAGCGCAAGAGGGCUUCGCAAGAGUACGCUAUUGGCGAAGGCCCGCUCAGGCAUAUUCGCCGCAAGGUCCGACCAAGGAGAUCGAAGGCUACAGACCGAGAUGGCGAUGAGAGCGACAACGACGAGCAGAACGUGGUGAAUGACAUUGCAAGUGAUUCAGCCGAGCAGAACGAUAAUGCGACAAUCUCGUGCCUGCCGAUGUGGUUGAAUGACAACGAAGUGCAAACAGCCAAGUAUAUCAACGAGCUCAUGUCUCAUGGUGUCCGGUCGUAUGGCAUAGGGUAUCUGCUGAUCAAUACAUCCAUGACGCUCUGGUACGCCGACCGAAUGGGCAUCGUCCUGUCAGAGCCAUUUGACAUACUGGAUGAGCCUGACAAGCUGCUCCUUGUUGUGGCGGCCAUUGGUGCUGCGGACUAUCAUACUAUGGGAGUCAGCCCGUUCCUUUACUUUCCUCUCGUGGAGAGGACGUUUGCGAGAUACGAUGGCGCACAGCUUGUGUUCCAGCCUGAUGUGGCGUACCAGGUAGACAACUCAGUGGACGAAGAGAAGAAGAUCAAGGACGAGCUCGUGUUUGACCUAGCCGUGAACAAGACGCAUCGCGUGUAUACUGAGUAUGGAGCAUUUGGGCGGGGAACAACAGUCGUACCAAUAAAGGCUGCAGGCAAGGCGAAGGAGAUGUGGGGUUCGGACGAUCUAGUUGUCAAGAUUGCCUGGCCAACAACAUCGCGCAAGUCUGAGGCAUCGUUUGUGGUUUCUGUCCGCUCUGCGCUACGUGCACAAGGUAAAUCUCAGUACCUGAAGCACAUUGUGGACAUGAAGUGCUUUGUGGAUCAGACAAUGGAGGAAUUGAUGCUUCCGCGAUGGCUGUUAAAUGUGACACCUUUGGAAGAGCGAAUCUGCAGGGCGAUGGUUCUUCAAUGGUAUGAGAAACUGCAGGCGAUAGAAAGCGUUGAUGAAUUCAAAGAUAUUUUUCUUGAUGUUGUACGAGCGCAUCAUUGGGUGUGGGUGACGUCGGCUAUCCUCCAUCGUGAUGUGAGCGUGAACAACAUCAUGUUCCGACGCAUUGGGGGCCGCGCAGUCGGUGUUUUGUGUGACUGGGACCUCGCCAUCACACACGAUCCUGAAGAAGAGCUGAAGGAUGAGACCGCGGACGAAGAGCCCCCCGAGUUUCACAACCUCUACAGACUCACCCCCAAAGUCGCAGUACCUCAAUCUCCCGAUCCCGUCGCCGUGGACCCUGCCCAUAAUCGGGAAGGAGAGAACGAACAAGCUGGAUACCAGGACACACCCCGCACGCAGCCCAGGCACCGCACAGGUACAGGGCCUUUCAUGGCAGUCGAUCUGCUGACGCCAGGACGGGUCCCAUAUCACCGGUAUCGCCACGACUUGGAAUCGUUCUUUUUCGUCCUUGCGUAUGUGUGCAUAACUUUCCAGCCCGAAGAGCACACAUUUGGACCGCUCUCGGAAUGGGAGGACUCAAAUAUCUUCACGAUCGGCUAUAACAAGCGGGCAUUCCUCAUCAACGUGCCAACUCACAUGCGACUGAUUGAUCGUGUGCACCCAGACUUUCAGCCUCUAUUGAGGGACUGGUUAAAGCCGCUUUGGGGCCACUUCGCCGACGUUGCCUCGUACUGGUCUAUCACAGGGAACAAGCUCAGGAAGCUUCGAGAGGCGAUUGAUACGCAGGACAAAUCGCUCCAGCAGGAGCUCAACGACGACCUCAGACGAUUCCGUAUGGAGAAGAAUAGGGCGAUCACUUACAAAAAGUUCAUGAGGUGCAUCGGUGCCGCAGAGGAUAUUGCAGACUAG